AUGGGUAGAAGAGCCAGAAAUAAACAAGGAGCCCCCCCAUCCUUUGAGGAGAUUCAAACGGCAAAGGAAAAGCGUGCUUUGAAGAAGAGAAAGAGAUUAGAUUCAUCAAAAGCUGCUGAAAGUCCAAAGAAGCCUAAGGCCGCAAAAAAAGACAAGAAACCUCGGAAAAAAGAAGAAACAUCGGAGACACAGGGAACAGAUGAAACAGAGUUUCCUGCAGAUUUGCCGGAAGUUGAUUAUGAUGAGCUUUCACGAGAGAAGAAGUCGUUAUUUGAAGAUUCUGAGGAUGAUGACAAGGAAGACGACGAAGACGAUAAUGUUAAGGUUGGGACAUUAGAUGACUUUGAUGCUGAGCAGGAGGAACAAAUAGAUGAUGAUGUUGAUGAGUAUGAUUCUGAAGAGGAGAACCGUGCUAAGCCUGCCUUCUCUGACGAAGAAGAUGCCGGAGACGAGCUUGAAAUGGAGAAGAUAAAUGCAUCUAACAUGGAAAAGUACUCUGAAUUGUUAGAUAGACGGGCUGAGGAGGAAAAAUUAGAGGCUGAGGAAGAGCUCAUCGAGGGAGCCAUUGAGCAACCAAGGCCCAAAAUUUUGCCCCCACCAGGUACCGAGGAAGAGGAUAAUCCUCAGAAUCAUGAUAUCACUUUUGUGAGAACAAGAAUGUUGGAGAUUGUUAAAGUUUUAGAGAAGUUCAACGAGUUAGGUGAAGAGGGUAGAAGCAGAUCUGAAUACGUUGAUAGAUUGAUAAAAGAUAUAUGCGAAUAUUAUGGAUACACGCCGUUCUUGGCAGAAAAAUUGUUCGAUCUCUUUACUCCAUCCGAGGCGAUGGAAUUUUUCGAGGCCAACGAAGUUCACAGACCAAUCACCAUAAGAACCAAUACUUUGAGAACAAGAAGGCGUGACUUGGCUCAAGCAUUAGUGAACAGGGGUGUGAAUCUCCAACCCAUCGGAAAAUGGACUAAAGUGGGGCUUCAGAUUUUCGAUUCCCAAGUCCCAAUUGGUGCCACACCAGAAUAUUUAGCUGGUCACUAUAUAUUACAAGCUGCCUCUUCGUUUCUUCCGGUGAUGGCUCUUGAUCCACAUGAGAAUGAACGAAUAUUAGAUAUGGCGGCCGCACCAGGUGGUAAAACUACAUAUAUUGCUGCUAUGAUGAAAAACACGGGUUGUGUGUUUGCGAACGAUUCAAACAAAGCAAGAACAAAGGCUUUGGUUGCAAAUAUUCAUAGGUUAGGUUGUGAGAAUGUUAUUGUCUGUAACUAUGAUGCACGUGAAUUUCCUAAAGUGAUUGGAGGAUUUGAUCGUGUGCUUUUGGAUGCCCCAUGCUCUGGUACUGGUGUUAUAUCUAAAGAUGCUAGUGUGAAGACUUCGCGUACGCCAAAAGAUUUUAUGAAUAUUCCGCAUUUGCAGAAGCAGCUCUUGCUUUCAGCCAUAGAUUCUGUGAAUGCACAUUCAAAAGAGGGAGGUGUGAUUACGUACUCAACAUGCUCUGUGACUGUUGACGAGGAUGAAUGUGUUGUAGAUUAUGCUCUUAGGAAGAGGCCAAACGUUAAAUUGGUGGACACUGGACUUGCAAUCGGUAAGGAAGGAUUUACGUCCUACAGGGGAAAAAAAUUCCACAAGAGUCUUUCACUAACGAGAAGGUACUUCCCACAUGUCUAUAAUGUUGACGGAUUUUAUGUUGCCAAGUUUCAAAAGAUCGCUCCAAGUCCUCAUGAUAAAUCUAAGGCUGGUGCUGCUGAGAAGGAGAAGGCUAUAAGAGCAGACGAAGAGGAAGAAGGAAUCAUUUUCAACGACUUUGCCAAAUUUGACGAGACCCAGGAUAAACAGUUGAUGAAAGAUUCGUUGAGUAGAAGUCUUAAGAGAAAGGGUAUUAAUCCUAAAUCCGUUAAUAUCGAUCAGAAGCUAGAAAGGGUGGAGGAGAAAGUUGAUGAAGCUGAAAAGAAGGAUGAUUAG